CAUUCUGGGACGGGACCAGUUAACUAAACCUAAACAGGCAGAAGAAGCCGAGGUUUAGCCCAGUUCAACAGACUGAUAGUCGUCAGAGUCAUCACCAGAAAGGGAGGAAGAAGAUGAGUCCAAGAAUCUUUAGAACUGGAGCACCUUUGGUCCUCUUGAUGAGUCUGUUGGUGACACCCUCUCUGGCCCACGUCAUUUUGGAACCCCGUGGUGCCAAAAAUGGAACUGGAGUCCAGCCGAGAGUGACCGCCUGCGAUGCAGCUGACCAAGCCCCCAUGGGGAGUGUGACCGAUUUGGCGCCAGGGGAAACAGUCUGCAUUGAUUCCCCGGGGUUUCCCGCAUAUUACCCAAACAACUUCGACAACUACUGGGGAUUUAAGAGGACGGAUCCAAACAGCAAGCUGUCAAUCACCUGCAUGCCAGUAGCCAUUGAAGGAAGUCCUGACUGCAUGAAUGACCGCUUGGUUAUCAGUCACGCCUGUGAAUGGGGAAGAUACUGUGGUGCCAACCGCCCAUCCACUAUCACUGCCUGCUCCAACUGGCUCAACGUGAGGUUCCAGACCAACGGUUAUGAACAAAAAAUGGGUUUCAAAUGUCUGGUCUCAGCCUCAGAUGUGACGACUACAACAACUGCCACAACCACAACGCCUACUACAACAACUACAACCACCAAGCCUACAACUACUUCUACCACAACGACCACCACACCAACUACAACCACUACUUCAACAACAACUUCAACGGCUACAACCACAACAACGCCCACGACAACUACAACUACAACAACUACCAAACCUACAACUACAACCGCUACAACCACACCUACAACAACUACAACAUCGACUUCAACUUCUACAACUACAAUGAAUCCUAAUUUGAUCUUAUGUGAAUGUGGAAUACCAAACGCUGCCAGAAUUGUAGGAGGUGUCCAGUCGACCACGAACCGCUACCCUUGGCUCGUGGGACUGUCUGAUGUGGGUGGAGAUGACAAACCUUUCUGUGGAGGAACCAUUGUCAACAACGAGUGGAUUGUCACAGCAGCUCAUUGCGUUAAAGGGAUGACAGCGGAUCAGCUGCAAGUCCUACUGAACAUGUGGGACUGGGCCAACGGAUCCACACGGACUGUCAAGAGAACUGUUGACAAAGUUAUUAUGCAUCCAAGCUACAAUGCACAAACAUACAACAACGACAUCGCCCUUCUGCACUUGUCAACCCCGAUCAGCUUCACCAAUUUCCCGGGAAUCAAGCCAAUCUGUCUUCCUCCAAGCACGGCAGACUAUGCUGGAAAAGACGCCGUCGUCACUGGCUGGGGUGUGACUUCCUCUGGUGGUACUCAGCCAAACAUAGUCAGGGAGGUGACUGUGCCAAUAACAACUCAGGCUGCCUGUGAGGCUGCUUAUGGUACCGCUGUCACUCAGAACAUGAUCUGUGCUGGACUCAAAGCCGGGGGCAAGGAUUCUUGCCAGGGAGACAGUGGAGGUCCCCUGACAGUCCCUAAUGGCUCUGGGAAACAUUACCUGGCUGGCGUUGUCAGCUGGGGUGACGGAUGUGCUGCUCCGGACAAAUAUGGAGUCUAUACCGACGUCCCAAAUUACGUCAGCUGGAUUACCCAGAAUGCAGCCUCUGGCAAAUACUGCUCUAGUUAAAGAGAGAAAGUUUGGUCAUCGGUCCACUUUGCUUGUGACAUUCUCUGGUUCCUGGAUGAAUAAAUCUUGAAGGAAAGCAUUAAA